UGUACAGAAAAGUCUAAGUAUACUUGGCUCAUAUUGACAAGUAUACAGAAAAGUCUAAGUAUACUUGGCUUAUACUGACAAGUAUACAGAAAAGUCUACUUGGCUUCUACUGAGAAGUAUACAGAAUGGUCUAAGUAUUCUUGCCUUACAGGCCUACAGAAAGGUAGUCUUGGCUUGUAGUCGUGCUUACUUUUUGAUAGAGUAGCCUAUUCAAGUGUGUGAAGGCAGCUCCAUUCAUGUUUCUUGUAAUGGAGCUGUGAUAUUUCUGGUACAAAGAACUUUAUUUAUUGAAAGAGUGUCGACGAAGCUCUCAGUUUAUUUAUGGAGUAUACAUAAACAGCUGGAGUACCAGCAUCACUUUGAGCAGUUUCCCUGCAGCAGCACCAUCGCUAAAAGAGUCUCCAAGGACUCCGGCUCACACCAUCCGGUCUGCUGUUUAAAUUUUAAAAUCUCACUCUGAAAUGCUGCAUAUUUGAUUAUCGUACCAUGGUAUCCUGCUGACAAAACAAGCAGUUCAGGGAAAUGCCCUCAGAUAUGUAGAAAUUGUAAAUAGCAGUCAUGGAAAAGCAUGAGUGUAAACCUGGAACUUGACGGCUCCGUCUUUGGUUUCACCUGCUCCCAUUUUACACCUCCUAUCUCUCCUCAAUGCAACUUGUCAAGCUCAUGCAUAUCUAAGUGUUCGGGCUGCUAUCGGAUGAACCUAACUGGCUGGAAGGGGGUGGUGCUGGGGGAGAUGAUGAUGAUGAUGAAGAUGAUGUUGUGUAAAGCGAGGGGGCUGGGUUUUUUGUAAAACCAGCUACACCUGCCCCUCCUCACCAGGGAUGGAUGAGAUGGAGAGGAGAUCUGAGCAGUGUGUUCAGAUCAGCUGCACCAUGCCUAGAGACUAAAACUGGAUUCUACUCAUCAGUCUUUACUCUAAACUGGAUCUUUAGAAGAUGAAACCAGUUCCAGAGGCUCUGGCUGCACGGUACUUUUGACAUUGAGGGAAUACUUCAACAUCAUCAUCCUCCCCUCCACUUCAACACUGAAUCCUCACACCAGAGAAACGUGGAGAGGAAAAGUCUGUCUUCUACCUCUGAGGGACCCGUGGCGCCGCUGAAAGGUGAAGCCAACCCCCCCGGUGCCACAAACUCAGGAAGGAUGAUGAACAGCUUCUAGUGGAUGUUUCCUCCCCACCCUUGGUCAGAACAGAGUGUGUUAGUGAGGUAUCGAGACACUGUUUUCAGAUAACAAAGAGACGGAGAAAGAAAAAUGCCUUUUGGUGGUUUAGCAGGUUUGAAGGAACAGGUGUUUAAGCCUGGGAAGGAGGAGGCGAAAAACACAGUGGGAGACUCUCUAGGAAAACUGCAAAGGAAAAUAGACGGUAGUAAUGUAGAAGAAGAGGACCAACUUGAGCUGACGGAGGAUGGACGUCCGGUGGCGUCGGCACCACGUCCUGCCCCGCUGCUGGACUGCAGCUGUGGCGGUCUGCCCAAGCGCUACAUCCUCGCCAUCCUCAGCGGCCUGGGCUUCUGCAUCUCCUUCGGCAUCCGUUGCAACCUCGGCGUGGCCAUCGUGGAGAUGGUGAACAACAACACUGUCUAUAUCAACGGGACUCCAGUGCUUCAGCAAGCUCAGUUUAACUGGGACCCGGAGACAGUGGGGCUGAUCCACGGCUCCUUCUUCUGGGGCUACAUCGUCACUCAAAUCCCCGGUGGUUUCAUCUCCAACAAGCUGUUUGCCAACAGGGUGUUUGGGGCGGCCAUUUUCCUGACGUCACUGCUCAACAUGUUCAUCCCAUCAGCAGCGCGGGUGCAUUACGGUUGUGUCAUGUUUGUUCGCAUCCUGCAGGGCUUAGUGGAGGGUGUCACCUACCCAGCGUGCCACGGGAUGUGGUCCAAAUGGGCGCCACCUCUUGAACGGAGUCGACUGGCCACAACUUCAUUCUGCGGAUCCUACGCAGGAGCAGUGAUCGCCAUGCCGUUAGCUGGAGUGCUUGUUCAGUACGUCGGAUGGCCUUCGGUCUUCUAUAUCUACGGUGUUUUUGGGAUCAUAUGGUACGUCCUGUGGCUCCUGCUGGCGUAUGGAAGUCCUGCUGAACAUCCCACCAUCACCGAGGAGGAGAGGACGUACAUCGAGACCACCAUCGGUGAAACGAUGCGCCAACUGAGUGUGACUGAGAAAUUCAAGACCCCGUGGCGUCGUUUCUUCACCUCCAUGCCCGUCUACGCCAUCAUCGUGGCCAACUUCUGCCGCAGCUGGACCUUCUACCUGCUCCUCAUCAGCCAGCCGGCGUAUUUUGAGGAAGUGUUCGGCUUCCCCAUCAGCAAGGUGGGGCUCCUGUCCGCUGUCCCCCACAUGGUGAUGACCAUUGUGGUUCCUAUCGGAGGACAGCUGGCUGACUACUUACGCACUAACAAAAUCAUGUCUACCACGAAUGUGAGGAAACUCAUGAACUGUGGAGGGUUCGGUAUGGAGGCCACUCUGCUGUUGGUGGUGGGGUUUUCUCACACUCGAGGGGUCGCCAUCUCCUUCCUGGUUCUGGCUGUAGGGUUCAGUGGAUUCGCCAUCUCAGGUUUUAAUGUCAAUCAUCUGGAUAUUGCUCCUCGCUACGCCAGCAUCCUGAUGGGCAUUUCUAACGGGGUGGGAACGCUGUCUGGAAUGGUUUGUCCUUUGAUUGUCGGAGCCCUGACUAAACACAAGACUCGUCUGGAGUGGCAGAACGUCUUCGUUAUUGCGUCCAUGGUGCAUUACACGGGGGUCAUCUUCUACGCUAUCUUUGCUUCGGGAGAGCAGCAGAUCUGGGCCGACCCCGAGAGCACCAGCGAGGAUAAAUGUGGCAUCAUCGACCAGGACGAGCUGGCUGAAGAAUCGGAGCUCAACAUGGAGAACACGGAGGUUCCCAAGAAGAGUUACGGAACCGCGGACAAUUCAUCUGGCGGGAAACAGGGCUGGAAAAAGAGGAGAGGGGUGACCAUGCAGGAGGAGGAGGAACAUUGUGGGAAUGGCGACUACCAGGACCGGUACCAGUGAGACGCCCUGCGGGGCAAAGAGACUUCCAAAACACUCAAGUCUGAUCGAGGCUGAAAGUUUGAUUUCAAACACCUGUGGAAAUGUCAGAAACAUCAGAGGAGUGACGGAAGCAGCAGCAUCACAUGUACCUCAAGACAUUUUUUUCCUUUUUGAUCAAAUACUCCAGUUUAACUGUGAUGUCGAUAAACGUAGGGAGGCACAACAUGAAACAGUCAAAAUCUAAAAUCAAGCAUCGUUUUUAUUAGAAACUCACCAACAAAUACAAGAUAUAAUCAGAACAAUAGAUUUAAUCUACAGUACACUGACAUAUGCUGUAGAGCAGGGGUCUCCAACAAGUAGCUCGUGAGCUACCAGUAGCUCUACCUGCGUCUGAGUGGCUCACUAAAAGUUACUUUCAUUUUGUCAAAUUAGCUCUCGGAGGAAUAAAGGUUGGAGACUCCUGCUGUAGACUACGAUUAGUCCAGGGGUCAGCAACCUUUACUAUCUAAAGAGACAUUUUAGGCAAGAAAAAAAAAUCUGUCUGGAGCCGCAAAACAUGUGAUCAUUGUGAUGAAGGUAA